AUGAGUGACGAAGAGUACCAGCCUGAGGGCGCCGAUGUUUAUGAAUCCGAUCAAUUUGAUAACUCGUUUGGUCUGGAUGACGCCGAAAUGGAUGAGUUUAUUGACGCGUUCAAACGCGAUGAAACAACACAGGUCGAAGUUCCUGAACCAAUUGUGUUCUCUGAUGAUGAAGAUGACCUGGGGGAAGAAGACGCCGACGAACACUAUGAUCUUCGUGAAGCUCUCCGUUCAGCAGCCAACUUCAGAACCAAGAAAAGUGCCCAAACGGCUUCCAAAAACUACUAUCGCCGCAAAAUGUUGAAGUCAGCAACCAAAGAUCAAUCCCCUGAAGUCAUAGACGCCCUUUCAAAGGCUAAUGACGCGUUUAUUCGACAGGAUUACUUGGUUGCUCAAGCAAAGUACCAAGAAGUGAUCAGUCACGACUCGCAGAAUUUCUUCGCAUAUAAAACCCUAGGGGAAAUCUGCAAAAUCCAGGGUCGCCUUGAUCAAUGCUGUAACUACUGGUUGAUCGCCGCUCUGAUUCAUAACUGGGAUACCUCGUUUUGGGGGGCUGUGGGUGAGCUCUCAGCUCAACUUGGUUAUACUGAUCAAGCUAUUCAUUGCUACUCGCGGGCUAUCACUCUGGAUACUGUGAAGCUGUCACGUUAUAUUCUUGAUCGGUCAAAUUUGUAUCGUGAGAUUGGCAGCUAUGGUCGUGCUCUUGAUGGGCUUAACAAAGUGCGUCAAGCUUUUCCACUGGACCCCGAUGUGGUGAAGCAGAUUGCUCUGAUUUAUUUGGAACAAAAGCGUCUCAAUGAUGCCAUUAGUAUGUAUUGGGAAAUUUUCAAGACUAACGUGCAAGCUGACCCUGAUCUUCCUGCGCUGAAACGUCGGUUUGUGACAUUCGGCUGGCCUGAACUCAACAUUUUGCUCGAGCUUCAUGAGAAGAAAGGCUCAUGGCGUGAUGGUAUUGAUGCCGUCAAGAAAGUAGUGAGAUGGAUGCAGGGUCGGAUGAAGGAGACGUGGUGGGAUGACACCGACGACGAUGCCGAAUUUGACCUUGAUCGCCGGAGUAAUGUUAUCAACUCUCUGCGUAUACUGCCUAAACAAAGGGAAGCUCUGUUGAAGGCCGAUGCCAGUCUCUUUAUCGAUAUUCGGUACCGUUUGGGGGUUUUCCGACUUGAACUCGGUCAGCAUGAAGAGGCUUUACGUCAUUUCUCGUAUCUCUUCCGUGAAGAUGAAGAAAUUGAUGAUUUAUUUCUUGAAGCGGGUAAAGCGUUGGAAAAUCAUGGCUUGUAUGAAAGUGCGAUUGAGUACCUUGUACGUGCCUGCCAAAAUGAAGACAUUCAAAAUACUCACGAAGUUUACGUUUUGCUUGGUAAGUGCUUCCUUGAAAUUAACGAAUAUGAAAAUGCUCGAGAAGCCUAUCAGAACGUGUUGGUGCUAGACCCUCAUGAACCCGAGCAUUACGUUAUUAUGAUGGAGAUCUUACUUUAUCUUGAUGAGCGUGACGAGGCCCUAAAGAUCAAUGACCAGCUUCGGGAACUCAUUAAAUCGCAAGAUAAUGUUGCCGAAGAGCAAAAGCAGCUCAUCGAAGAAGGUCAUGAAAUAAAUGAAGCUCUCAUCAAGUCUCAACGGAUUCUGCUCAAGCAGCGGAAACAGAGAAUGAGCCCUGAGGAGCGGGAGUUCUUUGAGAAAGAAAUGACGACCAAAGUGUUGAAUCGGUACCAACGUAUGGAAAAACUUAAUGAUUUGAUUCUUGCUGGUGAUCAGGUUGCGAUCAAAACGUGGUGUGAGUACGCUCUGCGUCUUAUUGACAUGUUCACUCUGGUUAAAGAGUUUUUCCCUCGUGAUAGAAAUAAGGUGUUCCUGGGUAUCCUCAAGUACCGCCGUCGUCGAGCGAUGAAGCUUGACCAACGAAUGCUGCGGUUGCAAAACUUAGUGGAAGACAUGGAAAUGCAAUCAACACUGGAAGACGGCCAAUCUAAGCCAGUAAUUGGUAACAACUCCAAAUUCAGAGGGUUGAAAUUUGAUCAAUGGUUCGACAUCUUCUGUCAGUACUCGUUGCUAUUGGCAAAGUUCGAAAAUGAGGUUGAACAUGGGCAAGAGGUUAUGGAACUUGCCAUGCAUAUUGGAGCCUUCAUUCAGGAUAAAAGCAAGGAACUGUUCAUGCAUUUGGUACAACUCCACUUGGCACAAAUACGUGGCGAUUAUACUGAAGUUUCCAAAGUGGUGCGGUAUUUCCUCAAUGCCAAUCAGUUUUCGCCCUUCGUAUACAAGUUUUUCACCAGUUGUUACGCUCUGGGAGUGAAGGCUUGGGAUCUGUUCACCAGUUACAAUCAUCAAAAGUUCUUUUUGCGUCAGCUUAAGGCGUAUGACUCGGUCAUCACCGGGAAGAAGAUUACCGGUAUGGCGAACGUUGUCGCUCCCAAUAUUCAAGCCUACCGCGAUAAGUUGGGUGAUGAUUUACCUGAAUUGACUUACAUGUAUGGUAGUUUGCUCGGAGGUGCGCGGCUGUUUGCCCUGCCGAUUGUGUACCUUUCGCGAGCAUACAAACAAUACAACCAAGACUACAUGAUAUGCUUACAAUUAGCAGUGACUCAUGUUCAUCGGCUGAUGCAAAGACUCAGUAGCAACCGGCAAACCCAGUUGCUCCAAGGGAUAUCCUUUUUGAUGGAGUACCGGCAACGGCGUCUUGAGAACGGCACUAAUUACGAGAAGCAAGAAGUGGAGUACAAUUUUGGGCGCAUGUUCCACAUGUUGGGUCUUCCCUCAUUAGCAGCGGCGCACUACGAGAACGUGCUCAAAUACGAGGUGGAGCUGCUGUACGAUCUUUCCAUCGAGGCCGCGUAUAACCUCUCUCUCAUAUACCUGGUGAAUGGCAACACGCAAUUGGCUCGUGAGCUCACCAACAAGUACCUUACCGUUUGA